AUGUUCUAUGUCGUCGACACGCCACCCCCUGGACACCAGAAGCACUGUGAUGUGAUCUUUGGACGAGGCUCGUUCAUACAUAAAAUUCUCAACCUGGAAGGCAGCCAGGUCGCCCCAAUCGGGCUGCCACCGCUCACCCCAGCCGAGGAACUGGCGCUGGCAGCAGCGGCAGCAGCUGAGCGACAAAAAUUAGAAGAAGAAAGGCGGCAGAUAGUGGAGCAGCAGAAACGGGAACGGGCCGCAGGGCGACCCCGCUAG